UGGGCGGAGGAUAAAUGUCUCGCUGAGUGUGAGGCCGCCAUUUUAGAUGAGGAACGAAACGAACGGUGCCGAGCGAAACAAGAGCCUGGAGGGAGCCGCCGGGGGGGAGUGACAUAGGAGAAACUGUGAGAUUUACUACCUAAGGUUUCUUGGUGAAACUGCAAGAACCAAAGUGAAACAGAUGAUGUACUUCAUCCUUUUGUCAUAGGACUUCAUUUGCCUGAAGGAAAACUAAAGACUGCAUCAAUGGAGCACAUUCAAGGAGCUUGGAAGACCCUCAGUAAUGGGUUUGGACUGAAGGAUUCUGUCUUUGAUGGCCCGAACUGUAUUUCACCUACUAUUGUCCAGCAGUUUGGUUAUCAGCGCCGAGCAUCUGAUGAUGGCAAAAUCUCAGAUACUUCAAAAACCAGCAAUACCAUUCGUGUUUUCUUGCCCAACAAGCAGCGCACGGUGGUGAACGUGCGCAAUGGGAUGACCUUACACGACUGUCUCAUGAAGGCACUGAAAGUGAGGGGUCUGCAGCCAGAAUGCUGUGCGGUCUUCCGACUCCUUGCUGAACCAAAAGGAAAAAAAGUGCGUUUGGAUUGGAAUACAGAUGCUGCAUCCUUGAUUGGAGAGGAACUGCAAGUGGACUUUCUUGAUCACGUUCCACUCACUACACACAACUUCGCUCGGAAGACAUUUCUAAAGCUUGCCUUCUGUGACAUCUGCCAGAAAUUCUUGCUGAAUGGGUUUCGGUGUCAGACAUGUGGUUACAAGUUCCAUGAACACUGCAGCACCAAAGUCCCAACCAUGUGUGUCGACUGGAGCAACAUCAGGCAGCUCUUAUUGUUCCCAAAUUCAAAUAUCAGUGACAGUGGUGUCCCUGCACUACCUCCCUUGACAAUGAGACGGAUGCGGGAGUCUGUCUCCCGGAUACCUGUUAGUUCCCAGCACAGGUAUUCUACACCUCAUGCCUUCACGUUCAACACAUCAAAUCCUUCCUCUGAGGGCUCUCUUUCCCAAAGACAGCGUUCUACAUCCACACCAAAUGUCCACAUGGUUAGCACUACGAUGCCUGUAGACAGCCGGAUAAUUGAGGAUGCAAUUCGAAGCCAUAGUGAAUCAGCCUCACCUUCUGCUCUGUCUGGAAGUCCUAACAAUAUGAGCCCAACUGGCUGGUCUCAGCCCAAGACCCCGGUCCCAGCCCAAAGAGAGCGAGCCCCUGGAUCUAACACACAAGAAAAAACCAAAAUUAGGCCUCGUGGACAGAGAGAUUCCAGUUAUUACUGGGAAAUAGAAGCAAGUGAAGUCAUGCUUUCUACCAGAAUAGGGUCAGGUUCUUUCGGAACAGUUUACAAAGGCAAAUGGCAUGGGGAUGUAGCAGUGAAGAUACUAAAGGUUGUAGAUCCAACCCCAGAACAGUUCCAGGCUUUCAGAAAUGAAGUGGCUGUAUUAAGGAAGACCCGGCACGUGAAUAUUUUGCUCUUCAUGGGCUACAUGACUAAAGAUAACCUGGCCAUCGUCACGCAGUGGUGUGAGGGGAGCAGCCUGUACAAACACCUGCACGUGCAAGAGACCAAGUUCCAAAUGUUCCAGCUCAUUGACAUUGCCCGGCAGACAGCACAGGGAAUGGACUAUUUACAUGCAAAGAAUAUCAUCCACAGAGACAUGAAAUCAAAUAAUAUAUUUCUUCAUGAAGGCCUCACAGUGAAAAUAGGAGACUUCGGUCUGGCCACUGUGAAGUCCAGGUGGAGUGGAUCUCAGCAGGUGGAACAGCCUACUGGUUCAAUCCUGUGGAUGGCACCAGAAGUGAUCCGGAUGCAGGACAGUAACCCAUUUAGCUUUCAGUCAGAUGUCUACUCCUAUGGAAUAGUGUUAUAUGAACUGAUGACAGGAGAGCUGCCCUACUCCCACAUAAACAACAGGGAUCAGAUUAUUUUCAUGGUUGGCCGAGGAUACGCUUCUCCAGACCUCAGCAAACUCUACAAGAACUGCCCCAAAGCGAUGAAGAGGCUUGUAGCAGAUUGCUUGAAGAAAGUGAGGGAAGAACGACCUCUGUUUCCACAAAUCCUGUCAUCCAUUGAAUUGCUGCAGCAUUCUUUACCCAAAAUCAACCGGAGUGCUUCCGAGCCAUCCCUGCACCGUGCUGCCCACACAGAGGACAUCAAUGCCUGCACGUUAACCUCCACCAGGCUGCCCAUCUUCUAGGCUCCUGCUCCCCUUCCCUCCUCCUCCUCAGGGAUGGGAAAGGAACAGGAGUUGUGCUUUGUAAAGCCUCCGUGUACAGGAUCAGUGCCAGAAGAAUUAUCUGCAUCCCAGUUUGAAGAACAAGCUGCUAAGGGUUUCUGCAGUUCUUACCCUGCAGGGACACAGCUCCACAUUGUCUUUUUCUACAGUUUCUUGGACUGGGAUGGUUCACAGAUGAGAAAUCAAGAGAUCUAUUAUUAUUUUUUUUUAAUAGAUGCACUUGAGCCUUAUUUUUCCCAUCCACAGAAGCCAUAGAUCCCUUGGCAGUGUUUCUGGAUUGACUGGGAUCUGUUCUUUUUCACAGCCAGGAUGGCUCACCUCGAUGUUUGAGGAAAGGUGAUGCCUUGUGGUCCUCCUUAAGUGCCCUGUGCCACUCCAGGGUCAGGGAGCUUGGCCUGACAUAGGUGGCUGCAAACUAGACUGAGGGGGAAAAAGGAAAAAAAAAACAACCCACAACAACAAAAACUGCCUGGAAAUCAGCUCCUGCCUAAGAGCUUUCAUCAAGCCAAUGAAAUAAGUGGAAAUGCUAAUUCAACACAAAAUAGUUUUGCAAUAGUUUUGCACAUAGAAGAAAAACUCUUGCAAAAGAAUGGAAAAUACCUUCUGAAUCUUAACUGCUCAGAGAAGGAAGCUAAAGCCAGGCUUGCUAUGGUCAUCUUCAGUAACUUCAGCAGCUUACUUUGGUACUAUGGACUUGUUCUUGCAGCCUGGCAAGUGCAGGAAGGACAGGCUUUGGGGGGUGUGGAAAGGCUGAGUAACAGCUGAGUAACAACAUCCAAACUCUUCUGCAGAAUGAGUCUUCAUCCCACGAGAAGCUGUUGUCCAAGAGAUGCACUAUCAAGAGGAAACUGAGCAUAUACAGUUUUUCUUGCUGAUUUGGGGUUUUAAUUUUGUUUUUAUUGCUCCUGAGAAAAUGCAUUUAUUGUAAGCCAAGGUUCCUCUGAUUAUCUUAUUUUAAUAAAAUAAAUUAAAUUUUA